AUGCUAGUUGUAACUGCUAUCACCAUUUUCGUUCUACCACUCAGUUGGGCCGGCUCUCUUUCCCCCUGGAAGUCGUGGCAAACGCUCCUCCCAAUACUUCUAGGUGCCGCUUUGCUUGUUAUGUUUGUGUUAUAUGAAGCUAAGCCCAGUGUGCCUAUUCUACCUCAUCGUCUUUUCCACUCGAGAACUGCAAACAUGACCUUAGCGGCGGCCUUCGUACAUGGCAUGAUCCUGAUCUCGCUGUUACAGUAUCUGCCUUUGUUUUGCCAGGCCGUGGAGCUUGAGACAGCGAUUCGAUCUGCGGUCUCCUUAUUUCCCACCGUCGUCAUUAGCGUAGUAUUCGCAGCUAUCUCGAUGAUGAUGGUCUCGGUCGCAAGCGUAAAAAAUGUCGAUGAUACCGGCUUGGCAAUCGGACUAUUGCUGACGAUUCGAAUGUUUGGAGGUCUCAUUGGACUCACGGUUGCGUCAACGAUAUUCAAUUCUGUAUUUUCUGCUUCCAUUACUUCUAUUGAAUUGACAGGAUCUCUGUCUCAGCUCAAUAACCCAAAUAAAGCUGUUUCCUUCAUUUCAGAGCUGAGAUCCCUGGAAACAUCCCCAAAGGUCCUGGAUGCCGUUUUGAGAAUUUAUCUUGGGUGCUUUAAGACUAUUUUCUGCACGAUGGCAGGGUCUUGGUCUUAUUACUUCUCUUUUUACUGA